AUGGGGGCGUGGAUGUCCCGGGUGUGGUUUCUCAUGUUCCCGUCCAAGGAGUACAAGAUCGUGGUCGUGGGGCUCGACAACGCCGGAAAGACCACCACGCUCUACAAGCUCCACCUCGGCGAGGCGGUCACCGCCGCGCCAACCAUCGGCAGCAACGUCGAGGAGGUCGUGUUCAAGAAUAUACGCUUCGAGGUGUGGGAUCUAGGAGGACAAGAGAGCCUACGCACUUCAUGGGCGACAUACUAUAGAGGAACUCAUGCUGUCAUCGUGGUAAUCGACAGCACCGACCGUGCUCGGAUCAACAUCAUCAAGGAUGAGCUCUUCCGGUUGAUUCAGCAUGCAGACCUUGACAACACGGUGGUCCUUGUGUUUGCAAACAAGCAGGAUCUCAAGGAUGCCAUGUCGGCGGCUGAGAUCACAGACGCCCUGUCCCUCCACAGCAUAAAGAACCACGACUGGCACAUACAGGCCUCGUGCGCGAUCACUGGUGAGGGCCUCUAUGAUGGGAUGGGAUGGAUAGCCCAGAAAGUUGCCGGAAAGGCCACAGCAAGCUGA